AUGGAUUACACGGGCGGCAGCCCGAAAGCUGAGCAUCUCUGUGUCCUCGUCCACGGCCUCUGGGGGAACCCCAACCACAUGAAAAACAUUGCCAAAUGCCUACGAUCGCAAUACCCACCCGACGAGCUGUACAUGCUCCUUGCCAAGCGCAACAGCGGAAGCUUCACCUACGAUGGUAUUGAGCUGGGCGGCGCCCGCGUCUGCGCCGAGAUUGAGGAGGAGAUUCGCUCCAUCGAGAGUCGAGGCGGCAAGAUUACCAAGCUCAGCAUCAUAGGAUACUCCCUCGGCGGACUCGUUUCGCGCUACGCCGUGGGGCUGCUCUACGCCAAAGGAAUCUUGGAUACGCUUGAUUGCAUGAACUUUGUCACAUUCGCGUCUCCCCACCUCGGCGUUCGCUCCCCCCUCAAAGGCUGGCAUAACCAUGUAUGGAACGUCAUAGGAGCUCGGACCUUGUCCAUGUCGGGACGCCAACUGUUCACCAUCGACAAGUUCCGCGACACCGGCCGGCCACUGCUGUCCGUGCUCGCCGAUCCCGCCUCGAUAUUCAUGCGCGGCCUCCGCAAGUUCAAGAGGCAUACGCUCUACACCAACAUCGUCAACGACAGGAGUGCCGUCUACUACACCACCGGGAUCCAAAAGACGGAUCCGUAUCGGCGAAACCUGGAGAACAUCAAGGUCAACUACCUCAAAGGCUGCGAAGGCGUCAUCCUCGACCCUGCCAUGCCCAUUGUGCCGCUUCCUAAAGUGUGCCGGCCUGCCACCUUUUCAUCCGUCACGGGCCUCCUCCUACGCUGGACGAAGCGCAUUCCGUUCAUGGUCAUGAUCGCCGUCUUCGUCCCCAUCGGCACCGUCGCCUUUCUGUGCAACUCGGUCGUGCAAACGAUCCGCAGCUCCGGCCGGAUAAAGCAGCAUGAGACGGGCAGGGGAAGCUUCAGCAUAGCAGAAUACCGCGUGCCGCUGCUCAUCAAGGAGCUCCGCGGCGAAGUCGAGAACGCGUACGAGGCGCUGAACAGCUCGCAGAAUCAGGACUACUUGGCCACCGAAGACGAGGACGACGACUAUGACAUGGAACCGGAAGAGAGGAACCUGAUGAGGCGCGAGCGGAGGCUGUCGGUGCCGACACAGCCAACGUUGGCAUUGGCACCAUAUCAGUUCGAGAUGAUACGCUCUCUAGACUCGCUCAACUGGCGCAAGUAUCCCGUAUGGAUCCACAACGACCGACACGCGCAUGCCGCCAUCAUCGUCCGUAUGGCGAAGAAGACAUUCGACGAGGGGUGGAUCGUCUUGAGGCACUUUGUCGACGGCGAAUUUUUAAUAUGA